AGCUGGGGCGGGUGGGAGCGGCUGGCUCCGGGCCGCGGCCGCCGCCCGCCCGCCGGCUCCGGUGGUUGGGCGGAGGAAGCGCGGGACUCCUCCUCCCCACCGUAUUAACAUGCACCCAGGGGCGGGUGACCAGCCCAGCCUCGCCGCCCCAGCUUGCCGCGUCCCGGCGCUCAGCCUCCGCGCCAGAGGCGAGCGCUGCGCUCCGGGCGCCGCAAUCCCGAGGACACGGCCUCUCCGACACCUCCGGCCCGGCGAAGUCGGCGGCAGCAUCGGCGGGAGCGGUCGCAGCCGCCUCUGCUCCUCUCUCCGUUGCUUCCCGUCGCCUCGCUGAGACCCUGUCCGGGCCGCGGGGACACCCUUUUUCGUCCUCCCCCCGAGGCUCGUGGGACCGACGGACGGAAGCAGGGAUCCAGGGCCGGACUGCGGGCAGCGGCAAGGACUUUGUGAAUGGUGCUUUGGAGCACCUUCAGUGGUCACUGCUCAUCCCUCUUCCCGGUACACUUUCUGGAAGGGACCAGCACACAUCCAGUUAACUCACGUCAAUGGGGUUGUGGAACAGAUCACGCUCAUCUCACUGAGAUCAGAACAGCUGAGCAUUACCUACCACGAAUAACAUCAAGUUAAAAAAAAAAACUGCAAAGUUUGGAUCUUUUCCUGCCUUAGAAGCAAGAAAAAUGGAAAACUGAUCGUCAAAGGUCUCUGCGCAAGACGGGGUGUGGAACCUAACCACGGGGUGUCCAUGACCCCCGAGGCUGCAGCCCAUCAGCAAUGAAAGGGUUAUCGGGCAGCCGCAGCCACCACCACGGGGUCACCUGCGACGCGGCCUGCGACUCACUGUCGCACCACUCGGACCGCAAGCCCUACCUGCUGAGCCCGCUGGAGCACCACCCGGCCGACCACCCCUACUACACUCAGCGGAACUCCUUCCAGGCCGAGUGCGUGGGCCCGUUCAGCGACCCGCUGGCCAGCAGCACCUUCCCGCGCAGGCACUACACCUCGCAGCAGGAGCUGAAGGACGAGUGCGCCCUGGUGCCCCGCACGCUGGCCACCAAGGCCAACCGCAUCCCCGCCAACCUCCUGGACCAGUUCGAGAGGCAGCUGCCGCUCAGCCGGGAUGGCUACCACACGCUGCAGUACAAGCGCACGGCCGUGGAGCACCGCAGCGACAGCCCCGGCCGCAUCCGCCACCUGGUCCACUCGGUCCAGAAGCUCUUCACCAAGUCGCACUCCCUGGAGGGGCCGUCCAAGGGCAGCGUCAACGGGGGCAAAGCCAGCCCCGACGAGGCGCAGACGGGGAGGUACGGCAAGCGCAGCAAGAGCAAGGAGCGGCGCGCCGACCCCAAGGCCCGCGCCAACGCCUCCCCGGGCUGGUGGAGCUCCGACGACAACCUGGACGGCGACGUGUGCAUCUACCACGCGCCCUCGGGAGUGAUGACCAUGGGCAGGUGCCCCGACCGCUCGGCCUCGCAGUACUUCAUGGAGGCCUACAACACCAUCAGCGAGCAGGCGGUCAAGGCCUCCCGGAGUAACAACGACGUCAAGUGCUCCACCUGUGCCAACCUGCCCGUCAACCUGGACGCGCCGCUCCUGAAGAAGAGCGCCUGGUCCUCCACCCUGACCGUGAGCCGCGCCAGGGAGGUGUACCAGAAAGCGUCGGUUAACAUGGACCAGGCCAUGGUGAAGUCAGAGUCCUGUCAGCAAGAGCGCUCCUGCCAGUACCUUCAGAGCAAGCUUAAAAGGCUACAGGGACAUUUAUGCCAAGUCGCAUUUGUCAAGUUGAAAGCUGUGUGGAGCAGAAAAGCAGUUCUCCCAGCUGUAAAGAAGAUGCAAAGGACCCGAGUUCCACAGGAUGAAUGGACAGGGUACACCCCUAGAGGUAAAGACGACGAAAUUCCGUGCCGAAGAAUGCGGAGCGGCAGCUACAUCAAGGCCAUGGGAGAUGAAGACAGUGGUGACUCUGACACAAGUCCCAAGCCUUCUCCCAAAGUUGCUGCGCGAAGAGAAAGCUAUCUCAAGGCUACUCAGCCAUCCCUUACAGAACUCACCACACUCAAGAUUUCCAAUGAACACUCCCCCAAACUCCAGAUCCGGAGUCACAGUUACCUGAGAGCAGUAAGUGAAGUCUCCAUCAAUCGAAGCCUGGACAGCCUUGACCCUGCCGGCCUGCUCACAUCACCAAAGUUCCGCUCUAGGAACGAGAGCUACAUGCGAGCCAUGAGCACCAUCAGCCAGGUGAGCGAGAUGGAAGUGAACGGGCAGUUCGAGUCCGUGUGUGAAUCCGUGUUCAGCGAGCUGGAGUCGCAGGCGGUGGAAGCCCUGGACCUGCCCAUGCCCGGCUGCUUCCGCAUGCGGAGCCACAGCUACGUGCGGGCCAUUGAGAAGGGCUGCUCCCAGGACGACGAGUGCGUGUCCCUGCGGUCCUCCUCCCCACCGCGCACCACCACCACCGUGAGGACCAUUCAGAGCAGCACCGGUGUCAUAAAACUGAGUUCUGCAGUUGAAGUGUCAUCUUGCAUUACAACAUAUAAGAAGACACCACCUCCAGUCCCACCCAGAACUACCACGAAACCUUUCAUUUCUAUCACAGCCCAGAGUAGCACAGAGUCUGCCCAGGAUGCCUACAUGGAUGGACAGGGCCAGCGAGGAGAUAUUAUCAGCCAGUCUGGACUGAGCAACUCCACGGAGAGCCUGGACAGUAUGAAGGCUCUGACAGCCGCCAUCGAAGCUGCAAAUGCCCAGAUCCACGGCCCUGCAAGUCAACACAUGAGCAACAACCCUGCCACUGUCACUACCACGACCACCAUAGCCACUGUCACCACAGAGGACAGGAAGAAGGAUCACUUUAAGAAAAAUCGAUGUCUUUCCAUUGGGAUACAGGUGGAUGAUGCUGAAGAGCCUGACAAAACAGGGGAGAAUAAAGCACCCAGUAAGUUCCAGUCCGUAGGAGUGCAAGUAGAAGAAGAGAAGUGCUUCCGCAGGUUCACUCGAUCCAACAGCGUGACGACAGCCGUACAGGCCGACCUGGACUUCCACGAUAAUCUGGAAAACUCUCUGGAGUCUAUAGAGGACAAUUCGUGCCCCGGCCCUAUGGCCAGACAGUUCUCCCGGGACGCGAGCACCUCCACCGUCAGCAUCCAGGGCUCAGGAAACCACUACCACGCCUGCGCAGCCGACGACGACUUCGAUGCGGAUUUUGACCCUUCGAUUCUGCCUCCCCCGGAUCCCUGGAUUGACUCGAUCACCGAAGACCCCCUGGAGGCCGUCCAAAGGUCGGUGUGCCACCGGGACGGCCACUGGUUUCUGAAGCUCCUCCAAGCAGAGCGGGACCGCAUGGAAGGGUGGUGCCAGCAGAUGGAGCGAGAAGAGCGGGAAAACAACCUGCCGGAAGACAUUCUAGGGAAAAUCCGAACUGCAGUGGGCAGUGCCCAACUUCUCAUGGCCCAGAAAUUCUACCAGUUCAGAGAACUGUGUGAAGAAAACCUGAAUCCCAAUGCUCAUCCAAGGCCCACUUCCCAGGAUCUGGCAGGGUUCUGGGACAUGCUGCAGUUGUCCAUAGAAAAUAUUAGUAUGAAAUUUGAUGAACUUCAUCAGUUAAAGGCCAAUAAUUGGAAACAGAUGGAUCCUCUUGACAAGAAGGAGAGAAGGGCCCCUCCUCCAGUGCCAAAGAAGCCGGCGAAGGGCCCCGCGCCGCUGAUCCGGGAGCGCUCGCUGGAGAGCUCGCAGCGCCAGGAGGCCCGCAAGCGCCUGAUGGCCGCCAAGCGCGCCGCGUCCGUCCGCCAGAACUCGGCCACCGAGAGCGCCGAGAGCAUCGAGAUCUACAUCCCCGAGGCGCAGACCCGGCUCUGAGCGCCCCGCGCGCCCCGCCGCGCCGCCUCCGCGCUCCGUCCUCCCUCCGCCCCCUCCCCGCCCUCCGAGCCCGUCCGUCCCGGAGCUCAGUGACUUCCACUGUCGCGGUGUAGUUGUCGGUCUUGCAGGAGCCGCCCCCCUCCCCCCAGUAGCCCCAGCCGCCCGGACCGGUUUGCCCACGUUCUCCACCGAGCUUCGCCACCCGUACGGACGCGUCACCCACCUGCCUCAUCCGGAGAGCCGGCCUUUCUUUUCUCGGCAGAACCAAACCCACCUGUGUAGAAAUGGCCCCUUUAGGUCGCCCACCAUCCUCAGUUCUCCCAAGCUAGUCUGUCCCUAGAGCUCAGCAAUAUAAAACCAUAGGGUAUUUCAGAAAUCCAGUAGCACAGGGUGAGCCUUUGGGACUUAACCGUCUUCCACGUGAAGGAAACUAGGGCUCCGAUUCCCUUUAUUUCCCCUAAACGGCUAUUAUUUUGUCAAGCAGAUGGAGCACUUUAUUUCCAACCUCAGAAAUCAUGCCAUCUCACCGGAAUCGAUGAGUGACAAUCCUAGAGGGGACGAAGUGGGGCUGGAUAUGUAGUGGGGAAGGGAGGAGCAAACUCUGCAGGUGCUGGGGCUUACCUGCUUCACUCACAGCUGCACAAACUGCCUCACUGUUACUCCAUCCAUCACUGCUUCAAAUGUUUCCAUCAGCAGAAGAUUGUAAAUUCGAUCUUUCAGGGAAAUUAAUCUAUUCUGAAAGGCAAUAAAAUGAAGAAAGGCAAGGAAGCACUGCUAGUUUAAGAUAUACUACGUAAGGGAUUUUUUUUUUGUCCUAUUAUUAAGAAAAUUUAGACCUGAAAUGUUUUAUCAACUUUUACUGUACUAUGUGUAUUAUAUUGUUGUGAUGGUGGGGGGUCUUUAAAGGGGAAAGCGUUGGUCCUCUUAACGUGUUAGUGUCCAUCCUGGGGAGCCUACCUACUACGCCUAUAAGUACACACCUGGUCAAGAAGUGCUGUAAGUGGCAGCGAGGGUGUUUUCGGAGAGAAGUUUGGAUUUUCCUGUCAUCCCUUUGAAUGCUACACAUCCAUCUGUUGUAACCCGGUAGUUUGUAAUGCAGACAUAUUUUCGCCUUUGGUCUUCUCUCCCUCCUACCCAGAGUCCUACCAGUCCCCAGCAUAAGGAUUUCGUCCUAUGUCAAACCGAUAAAAUAAAUUCUCUACCCAAGUAGACACGCGGCCUCGUUCCAAAGAGCUGCCCCUCAUCUUGAGGUCCCAGGUGGUGAGAGAAGAAAUUUGACCUCAGCAGUUCAGCAGUCACGAGGAAGGGGGGAAAGUCGUGAUUCAUAAGCACUGAAAGAAACCCAGGCUUUUGGCAGAGAAUGUGAAUUUACACUUUUAGUCCUGACGGAUGGGCAGUGUGCGCUAAGCAUCUAGCUGAAGUUAUCUUUAAACGCCCUUACUCGUAGCAGUUUAAACAUUUAGGAUGUGGUGAUCUUAAAGUAUCACUGACAUUUUAUGUCCAGCUCCCACUCUAAAGCAUUAGAAAUUACCCUUGAAAAAUGACAGACUAAAAACACACAUCAAAUAAGCUUGCACCAGAACUUUUUUUAAAAAAUAUACUCUCGUAGCCAGGUGCUAAUUUAUUUAUGAAAUUAAGAGAAGUGAUGGGUUCUGGCAACAACUAUUUUCAUGGUCACAUUCUAAAACCACUAGGGAAUUCGCUACCUCUCAGAGCCACUGAUGCUUUGAGCUAUCUUUAUAAACAGGGCACAAAUGUUUACUGCUGUGGUUUACAAGAAAAGGGCUACUAACCUAUUUAAAAACCAACCAACCAACUUUUAACUAGGGUGGACAAAGCACCUUGAGUGCUUUGCAAAAUUGGAGCUGACAGAGAUUUUGAACUUCAAGGGUUCGCUUGUUUUAAAAAGAAUACACCUUUUCUUCAGUUUGUAGCAGCAACGGAAGGUCACACAAAGUUUGCAGCCAGUAAGGCCAUCUGCCACCUUGGGUAGCCUAUAGUCCCAUUCAAUCCUGAAAAUGACUUGGAACUCAUAGAUUGACGUGAAGGAAGCGACAUCCAUCGGAAGACCCAUGUUCCCAACUACAGCUCCGUGCCCUGAGGUAGAGAGAAGAUUGGGAUUAAGAAAUCGAUUUCUAAUAUGACUCAAGAUCAUCCUACAGUAUUUUAUUUGGAAACCGGUUUAGCCCAGGAUAUUUUAAAGAGAGACAAGAGAAGGCCUAUUUAUCUUGUCUAUGUGAAUGGUAUUUGUAUAUUCAUAAGCUAUUUUUGGUAAGGAUUUUAAAUCUUUUAGCUGAAUGCCUACAGGCAUCAUGACCCUUGCCUUCCUUAAAACACAAAUUGUACAAACACUUUAUAAAAAGCUAAUUAUUGAUCUUAAAACACGACCCCACAUAAAGCUGCUUGUUAACCAUUUGCCCCCUUAAGCUGACAUCCAUGAGCAUAACCUUUGUCACAUUGUUCUUUUUGAUGUAAUUUGUAGAUAUGUUUUUUAGUUCAUAAUGGAAAAUGUAUGUACCCUGAAAAAUUACUUAUUUUGUUUAACUUUGGUAUAAAGCUGUUUGGGCAUUUUCUUGGGGAGGGGGGGAACUACAAAAGAAGUUUGUCUCCCACAUCAAAAAACGUUCAAAGAAAUUAAGUAUUUAUUAUAUUUUUUGCAGAUGUUUCCAUACAAUUCACAUAACCUUUUUGUAAAGAGAGAUGAAGAAAUGGAUUAAAGAUUUUUAAUAUUUGAAAUGGUAAAUAGAACUAAUUUAUUUGUAAUAUAUUUCUGUUAUUUAUAGAUGUUUCCUUAAUGUUUUACUGUGCAUUACCACUUUAAUUUAAGCCUUAUCCUUGUGAAUUUACCAUUUCUUUUUUAAAACAUGUCUAGAUGCAUAUUUUAAAUAACUGGAAUGUAAAUCACUAGCAUAUCUGAAUUCCCAAUGUAAUUUUUAAAAAUUAUUUUGGUUUGGAAAAAAAAGAUUCAUUUGAAAGCCUUCAGAUGGAGGGGUGGGGAACAUUUUUAUGGCUUUAUGAAGUGGAAUUUCAUAGGCUUAUUUACCUAGAUUGUGUGUGGACAAAAAAAAAAAAAAACAAACAAACUGUAAAUAGAUGAAUGUUUCCCAUAAUGUAAAAAGAAGAAAUUAAUAAAAUAAUUAAUGCACUGCU